GUUCGCCCCUCCCUCCCCGUCACCCGUAACAACCACUCGAGCCCUCGCCGCGCCCCUCGGCGCUCCCGCCCCGGCCCCCGUCCCCGGAACCGGCGGUCUAGCGGCGGCAGCCGAGCCUGUGGCACGGCUCUCUCCCCGCGGAGCCGCCGGCAUGAACGCAUCCCGCCGCCCCGCGUCCCCGAUCCUGUCCUUUUGACAAGAGGUAAGCGCGCGUCGUCGUGGAGAGCUAGGAGCGCGCCCGGGUUCCCGCCCCCGGCCGGAUCCCUCUGCCGAGGUGGCCGCGGGCGCUCGCCCUCUCCGGGACGGCAGAGCCGGCCGGGUCUUCAGCCGCCGCCGCCCCGAUCUGGCCCGCCCCCACCUCCGUCCAGCCCCGGCCUGCUGGGAGGCGCUCCCCCGGGGCCGACCCUGGGCUGAUUUUCAAACACCAAUCAUCAUGCAAUAGAGGCAGCCCGGGCCUCCCGUGCCAUUUGGCGGUGGUCAACUCCGGAUGCCCGCGUGGGGAGCGGAUCUGGACCAGGCUCCCCAAACCGAAAACCUGCCCGAAUUCAGGGAGCUGGCGAGCAAGCUGGUCCUUCAGUGUAGUCACUUUGGGAGUAAGAAGAUUGCUAUUGAAUUACAACCAUGGUGCAGAAAUACCAGUCCCCAGUGAGGGUGUAUAAGCACCCCUUUGAGUUAAUUAUGGCUGCCUAUGAGAGGAGAUUCCCUACAUGUCCUUUGAUCCCAAUGUUCGUGGACAGUGACACCGUGAGCGAAUUCAAGAGUGAAGAUGGGGCUAUUCAUGUCAUCGAGAGGCGCUGCAAGCUGGAUAUCGACGCUCCCAGGCUGUUAAAGAAGAUUGCAGGAGUCGAUUAUGUUUAUUUUGUCCAGAAAAACUCCCUGAAUUCUCGGGAGCGCACUUUGCAUAUCGAGGCGCACAACGAGACGUUUUCUAACCGGGUCAUCAUCCACGAGCACUGCUGCUACACGGUUCACCCCGAGAACGAAGACUGGACCUGCUUCGAACAGUCUGCAAGUUUAGAUAUCAAAUCCUUCUUUGGUUUUGAAAGUACAGUGGAAAAAAUUGCCAUGAAACAAUAUACCAGCAACAUUAAAAAAGGGAAAGAAAUCAUCGAAUACUACCUACGGCAGCUGGAGGAGGAGGGCAUCACCUUUGUGCCCCGGUGGACCCCGCCCUCUCUGCGGCCCUCAUCAGAAACACUGUCAUCAAGCAAGAGUCAGGCCGCACCUGCAGCUGUCCUUGUCCCAGAUGCUGCUGCCCUCAAGGAGGGGCUGAGUGGGGAAGGCAUCAGCAGCCCAGGCCCAGCGUCUGAGCCUGUGGUAGGAACCCCUGAUGACAAGCUAGAUGCCGACUACAUCAAGAGAUACUUGGGUGACCUGACCCCGCUCCAGGAGAGCUGCCUCAUCCGACUGCGCCAGUGGCUCCAGGAGACGCACAAGGGCAAAAUCCCGAAGGAUGAGCAUAUUCUCCGGUUUCUGCGUGCCCGGGAUUUUAAUAUUGACAAAGCCAGAGAGAUCAUGUGCCAGUCUCUAACUUGGCGGAAGCAGCACCAGGUGGAUUACAUCCUGGACACCUGGACUCCGCCCCAGGUCCUUCAGGAUUACUACGCUGGAGGCUGGCAUCACCAUGACAAAGACGGGCGACCGCUGUAUGUGCUCAGACUGGGGCAGAUGGACACCAAGGGCUUGGUGCGAGCCCUCGGAGAGGAAGCCCUGCUGCGAUACGUUCUUUCCAUAAACGAAGAAGGCCUAAGACGAUGUGAAGAAAAUACCAAAGUCUUCGGCAGGCCGAUCAGCUCGUGGACCUGCCUGGUAGACCUUGAAGGACUGAACAUGCGCCAUCUGUGGAGACCUGGAGUCAAAGCCUUGCUGCGCAUCAUCGAGGUGGUGGAGGCCAACUACCCGGAGACAUUGGGCCGCCUCCUCAUCCUCCGAGCCCCCAGGGUCUUCCCUGUCCUCUGGACACUGGUUAGUCCAUUUAUUGACGACAACACAAGAAGGAAAUUCCUCAUUUAUGCGGGAAAUGACUACCAGGGCCCUGGAGGCCUGCUGGAUUACAUCGACAAAGAGAUAAUUCCAGAUUUCCUGAGCGGGGAGUGCAUGUGUGAUGUACCAGAGGGUGGACUGGUCCCCAAAUCUCUGUACAGGACUGCAGAGGAACUGGAAAAUGAGGACCUGAAGCUCUGGACAGAGACCAUCUACCAGUCUGCCAGCGUGUUCAAAGGAGCCCCGCAUGAGAUUCUCAUUCAGAUUGUGGACGCCGCCUCAGUGAUCACCUGGGAUUUUGACGUGUGCAAAGGGGACAUUGUUUUUAAUAUUUAUCACUCCAAGAGGUCUCCCCAGCCACCCAAAAAGGACGCGCUGGGGGCCCACAGCAUCACCUCUCCCGGUGGGAACAACGUGCAGCUCAUAGACAAAGUGUGGCAGCUGGGCCGGGACUACAGCACGGUGGAGUCGCCACUGAUCUGCAAAGAAGGAGAGAGUGUGCAGGGCUCCCAUGUGACCAGGUGGCCGGGCUUCUACAUCCUGCAGUGGAAGUUCCACAGCAUGCCAGCGUGUUCCGCCACCAACCUCCCCCGAGUGGACGACGUGCUGGCCUCCCUGCAGGUCUCCUCCCACAAGUGCAAAGUGAUGUACUACACAGAAGUGAUCGGGUCCGAGGAUUUCAGAGGCUCCAUGACCAGCCUGGAGUCCAGCCACAGUGGGUUCUCACAGCUGAGUGCCGCCACCACCUCCUCCAGCCAAUCACACUCCAGCUCCAUGAUUUCCAGAUGGCGAUUUUGCUGACAGCCUCCAAGAAAACGCUUCAUGCAACAGUCCACAUGUGCCCAGAGAUGCUUGUGGGACUGUUUGAGUCGCAGCCAUGUCUCAGGCUGAAGAUCUGUCCCCUUAGUCCAUUCAGAAGUGGCUCUGCUCAGCGCCUCAGAACUGAGCUGAGCGCAUGACCACACACUCACAGGCCUCUAGCCGCCCCAGGCCACAGGGCACUGGCUGCCUUGGGAGGGUGACUAGGUGUGAUGUGAGUGUGUGCCGUGCAGUCUCUUCUCACAGUGCCCGGCACGUGUCCUAAAAUGCUGCUGUCUCGCCCUCCCACCCAGUCCCAGCUCUCUGGGUUCUCCCUGUUACUAGUGUCUUAAUUCACUCUCCUUCCUGAACCCAUUAUUUGCAUAUCAGAUUCUGUAAAUGUUUUAUAAACAUAUUACCUCACUCUUGGUAAUACAAUAUUGAUAGUCUUUAAAAGAUUUUUUAUUGUUACAAUAAUAAAUGUGAACUGUUUAA